UUACUACAUCAAGAGGAGUUCCCUCUUUCACUCCCUCCCUCUAAACCCCUACCUCCUCUUCAUAAACCUCUAGAAUUUAGAGCAACAAAAUCCCCCAUAAUUUACACUCAAUCUGAAGCUCAACAACUCUUUAAUGGCAGAUAAACUGGCUCUUCCACUUCUUUUACCAGGUCCACCACCAACCAAACCCAUUUUUCAAGACCAGUGCCAACCCAAUCCAACUACUGCUUCUCCAUUUACACCUCUUCUUCAAGAAAUUCUUCUCCAAAAUCCUAAUUCUACUAAAACCCCUAAAUUAAAAAACCCUUACUCUGAUAAUCUUUCUUCUCCACCUUCUCCUUACUUGCUCAGAAAAAGAACUCGUAUUGGUAAAUCAGGUGACCGGAAUAGAGGAAAGCCAUGGACUUCUGAGCAAUUAUCUGUUCAAGGUCAGAAAAUUCUUGAAACUUUAAUUACUACUGAAAACAAUGAUGUCAAUGAAAUUCUUGAUACUUGUCACCAUGAAAAAGAUGAGAAAUUUCAUUUAGAAUCUUUAUCUUUUGAUUUAUUAAGUAUAAUUAAAGCUCUAGGGUUUCAUAAGAAAUGUGAAUUAGCUUUGGGUGUUUUUGAAUGGAUGAGGAAUCAUAAAGAUUCUGAAUUCUUAUUGAAAGGUUCAGUUGUGGCUGUUAUUAUUCGAAUUCUUGGUAGAGAAGGUAUGGUUACUAAAGCUGCUUCUCUGCUUCUAAGUUUGAGUAAAGAGGGUGUUACAAUUGAUGUUUAUGCGUAUACGUCGAUGAUAACUAGCUGUUCGAAUAAUGGGAGAUAUAGAGAGGCUGUAUCUGUUUUUAAGAAAAUGGAAGAAGAAGGUUGUCAGCCUACUUUAAUAACGUAUAAUGUCAUUCUUAAUGUGUAUGGAAAGAUGGGUGUGCCAUGGAGUAAGAUUAUGGAUGUUGUUGAUGGAAUGAAGAAGCAGGGUGUGUUUCCGGAUUCAUAUACGUAUAAUACUCUUAUAAGUUGUUGUAGACGUGGGUCUUUAUAUGAAGAAGCUGUGGCUGUGUUUGAAGAGAUGAAGUCAGCUGGUUUUACUCCUGAUAAGGUUACUUAUAACACACUGUUAGAUGUGUUUGGGAAGUCUAGAAGACCUACGGAAGCUAUGGGGGUUUUGCGAGAGAUGGAAGUGAAUGGGUUUUCUCCUUCCACCGUGACGUACAAUGCGUUGAUUUCAGCAUAUGCUAAAGAUGCGCUCUUGGAUGAGGCGUUGGAGCUUAAAUCGCUAAUGGUGGAAAAAGGGAUUCAACCUGAUGUGUUUACUUACACCACUUUGUUGUCGGGAUUUGAAAGAGCUGGGAAGGAUGAGUAUGCAGUGAGAGUUUUUGACGAAAUGAAAAGAGAUGGUUGUAAACCAAACAUCUGUACAUUCAAUGCCCUCAUUAAAAUGCAUGGGAAACGCGGAAAGUUUACUGAGAUGAUGAAGGUAUUUGAAGAAAUUUGGGCUUGCGAUUGCACCCCAGAUAUUGUUACUUGGAAUACAUUAUUGGCUGUUUUUGGUCAAAAUGGUAUGGAUACAGAGGUUUCUGGAGUUUUCAAGGAAAUGAAGCGGGCGGGAUUUGUACCUGAGAGGGAUACGUUCAAUACUUUGAUCAGUGCUUAUAGUCGGUGUUCUUCGUUUGACCAAGCCAUGUCUGUUUACAAGAUGAUGCUGUCUGCAGGAGUCACUCCUGACCUUACCACAUAUAACACUGUUUUGUCUGCAUUGGCUCGUGGAGGACUUUGGGAACAAUCUGAGAAAAUACUUGCUGAAAUGAAAGACGGUGAUCACUGUAAACCAAAUGAACUCACUUACUGCUCUUUGCUACAUGCCUAUGCCAACGGUAAGGAGAUUGAACGGAUGCGUGCUCUUGCAGAAGAGAUAUAUUCUGGUGUAAUUGAAUCCAAUGCUGUGCUCUUGAAAACCCUCAUUUUGGUUAGCAGUAAGAGUAAUCUUCUAUCGGAAAUGGAACGAGCUUUCACAGAGUUGAGAAGAAAAGGAUUUUCACUCGACAUAUCUACUCUGAAUGCCAUGUUCUCCAUCUAUGGCAGAAGGCAUAUGGUUGCCAAAGCAAAUGAAGUUUUGAAUCACAUGAUGGAGAGUGGUUUCACACCUAGCAUAACAACGUACAAUAGCUUGAUGGAUAUAUAUUGCCGGUCAGGAAACCCUGAAAGAGCAGAAGACGUUCUCAAGGAAAUAAAAGCAAAAGAGUUAGUCCCAGAUCUAGUUUCUUACAACAUUCUUAUAUUUGGGUACGCCAGGAAAGGUAGAAUGCAGGAUGCGUCCCGGAUAUUAUCGGAACUGACAAACUCAGGUCUAAGUCCUGAUUUAAUCACUUACAACUCCUUUGUUUCAUGUUAUGCUGCUCACUCAAUGUUUGCAGAGGCCAUCGAUGUUAUCCAGUAUAUGAUCAAACAUGGUCGUAGACCAAACCAAACAACUUAUAACUCCAUCAUUGAUUGGUAUUGUAAGCUUGGCAGAAAAGAUGAAGCUACCACUUUUGUUACUAACCUUCGCAAGCUUGAUCCGCAUGUUGCCAGCAGCGAAGAAUCUCGAUUAUCUGCACGUAUAAAAGCAAAACAGUUACAGAAGACAGGGGCUUAAUUUCUAUUCAAGUUAGACUAUCUAUAACACAAGGAGCUGGUGCACCAGUGUUUCAGGCUAUCGAGAUGUAUAGUUGGUUGACUGGUUUAAUGAGUGGGAGAGUAAGUUUUGGGAAAGUCAACCCAAGUAGGGAUCAGAUUUAUACUCCCUGUGCUGUCUCUGAGACUGUUGGCGAAAGAUGAAGCAUUGAGUUGAGUUCUUCCCGUUCUCCCUGUCCUUCAUAGUUUUUGUAUUCUGUUGUGCUAUACAUACUGUAUUGCUACUUUACCUCAUGACAAAUUUGUAUACAACUUUUGGGAGAGUCGACCCAAUUAGUGCCGUGUUACACGGCAGCUGAUUAUAUUUAUUUAUUUGGUUGCCUAGGACA